AUGGCCACGAACAUUACGCACUAUUUUCCAUACGCGAUUCCUUCUCUCAGCCCUGUCCUCCUUGUUCCCAAUCGCGUCACUUGCGUCCGUAGAUGUCUAAUUGCCGCGUUAAAUAACGCUUCUCCGAUCCUUAAGUGACGGCGUUCCAUAUUUGACCCUCUAGUUAACAAUUUGAGGUCUUACCUGCGUCUUCAAGUUCGAAACCCUAUAGUUCUCGAGGUCAAAUGUGUGGCUUGUAUUUCUUUUAAUUGGGCUUUUUACAUUUUCAAGUUUAUAAAAAAGUCAAUCUCAUUAUUAAAAGCCAAUGAAGGUUUGAUUUUUCAAGCUACAGUGUAGCUCGAUUUCUGAUGUCACAAAAACCUCUCUGUGAAAGAUUCACCGUAACCCUUCUGAACAUCAAAAUGGAAAUUUAUUGUUGUUACUCACUCAUUUUUGAUGCAGCUAAGCAUUAUAAAUACAGCAGAGGUGACGCGUUUCGGAAAUGGAAAUGAAGUUGCAAGUCGCAAACAAGAUGUCGCUGCACAUCUGCUCUUUUUCAACAACAAUUUCAAGUCAUCAACGAAUAUUUUUGGCUUUCGAAAUUCAUCAAAGUUGAGAAAAAAUCUUCUUACAGCCUACGCUCUCUUGAGACGAUUAAGUCUAAUGCGCGCAAGAAAAAGACGACGCCCGAUCCGAGGUAAAUUCUUCCAAAAUAGUGUGUCAAACAGCGUAUUAACUCGUUUUUCGCGCUUCUAACCAGUUUUCUCUUCGCUGUUGCUUGAAUUUCUUAUUAAACUUUGCCGGCAGGCAGAAUUUCCUGGGAGGGACUUCCAGACCUACCUGAGAACUUAAACGUUCCAUCUCAGACUGAAUUUUUUUUUGUAAUUGGGAAUGCCAUUUUGAAGGAGAGGAACUGAAAUGUUUUUCGACUAGCCUAAAUUUGUUUUUUCAAUUUACAGCAGUGAGAUAAAAGAUAGCAGAAGUAGAUAAAAUAGCGCUUCAAAGUAAACUAGAAUCAUAAAACCUAUUGUGAAAGUAGUGGUGUCCAGAGGAACCUACUUUUUCUUGGCAUUUUUCGAGGUGACAUUUUUUUCUCAAAACCUUAUCAAUUCCAUACUGAACAGGGCGACGCUUUGUAACCCACAACCGCGGCAGGCCAAGAAUACGAAUUUUUAAGUGUUCUUUAACUUAUUCAGGCGGCCAGACGCUGCAGUCCUUUCAUACUGGAACGCGUCUUUUUUUUCUGGUAGACAACGCCUUCCGCAAAACUUAGCGACGACGUCCCGUGAAGCACUUGACACAAUAAACAUUCAGCGCCUACGAGCAACGUCGCCAAGGCAAUUUUGGUUUUUAUGAGAGGCUAUCGCGCAGGUUUCCCUAUUCAGACGGGUAGGUCCCAGGUGUCAAGAGAAGUCGAUCACAGCUCACGCCAUAGUGGUGAAGAUAGUGUAUCAACGACAUGUUGGAGCGCAAAAAAAUGGCAGCUUCAUGUUUGAUUUUUUAUCUUCAGAACGAAAACACUGUUAUGUACAUGCGAUGUUGGUGCGGCUCGUUUGGACAUAUUGUAAAAAAAAAAUCACACGUUUUACGACGCCUGUCUAUGUUUGCCUUCUGGCACUGUGCUCAAAAACUUGAGCAAAAUCUUAGGACUUUUCCUGACAUAACACGCGAGAAAAUUUCGAAUGUUUUAAAAGUUUUUUUGUUGAAAGUAGGCCUUGUGAUUGAUUAAGAAACUACUCCUAUUCAAAUUUUUUUCAUAUUUCGUAUGCUUUUUUUAAAUCAUCAAAAUUUCUCAGAUUUGAAAUUAGAUUUACCUAGGUGUUCCACAAAAAAUUUUUGAGCUUUUUUUUCUGCCGGAGCUGGAAGUUCAUCUUUUUGUUCUGGAAAAAAAGUAUACAUUAUUUUUAGUAACUCUGAGACCAUAACAGCCGCAAAAAAAGAAGAACUAGGGCUAAUUCUCGGUCGGGAUGACCGUCUAAUUUAGGCCGACGAUGACCCGUUGAGAUGAUUGGCUGUGAAGGUUGAUGGGAAACGCGCGGCCCUACUACGAGCUGACGGGAAAUGAGAUUGAAAGCGAGCCGGAUAGUGGUGCUGUUUUCAGUCGUGCACACCAGGUAAGCGACGCUCUUCACUUUGCGCCACACAAUGCUCGUGUAACUCGAUAUUCGUCUCGCUCAACAACAAUUUCACUCAAGGUCCCCCGCCACGUCGGUAGAAAUGAAUGAAAUCUAUUAACGUCUGUGACCGGUCACCACUGAAACUGUAAAUAGCUAUUUUCAAAAAUCAAAAAAGCUUAAUCUAAGUGUGACUUAAAAAAAUGACAGUUGACCAUUUUUGACCAACAAACUUUCAUAAUUAAAGAGUUUUUCAGAAUUUCGAACGCGAAAAUUUUCGUUGAAAACAGUAACCGCGAUUAAAUUAUCAUCGACAGCAUGCUAAAGGUUAUACUUUAAAUGUUUUGCUUUAGUUUAUUUUGGCCAGCAUCUCAUCAGAGAAUUUUAGAUCAUUUACGCAUCAAAUAAUUCUAAAAAUCGGUACUGCGCUCAGACAUCAAAGAACGUCGCAUAUAUUUUUUUUUCCCCCGGAAACAGAAGCUUCCUACAGGUAUUAAUUGAAAAUCGUUCCUCAUCACAGGUGAUAAUAGAAAAAAGGUACGGUAAAGCGGAAAGAGACAGGAAAUGAAGAGGAAGAAGAGCUCGCCGAAUGUAAAUGCCAAAAGCUUAGAGGAAACACCUUGGGAAAAAGAUUUGCGGCCGAUUUGUGGGCGCGAAAACAAACAGGCAUGACACGAAUACGGUGUUGACACGGAGACCCUACGAGCAACGAAAGAUGAUCGUCUGAAUUCCCACCCGCUAUUGUUUGAUUAUUUGAUUUUCAUUAAGUUCUCUGCAUACGCGUAGCAUCUUAAGAGAUUCUUCAACUGUUCCAUAAUGAUUUAUUUUCAAAUUUUUCUUCAGCCCAAUUUUAUAAGAAAACCGGAUUAUUUAGAGUGUGGUUCAAAAUCUUCCCGUUUAAUUGAAUUUGGUUUUUUAGAAUAGAGAAAUCGGAGGAAGAAGUCAAACGGAUGAAACCCGAGCCCCGCGGUGGCUAAACUGACCGAACCAAGAACAUCUGUCACUUAAUCAACGGCGGCUGCCGUGUUCAAACAUAAACGCCAACAAGGCGCUCAAGAUCCCAAUAUUGUGAUCAAAUAUGCACGUACGGACAGAUGCAACUAAGAAGUACGGUUUUUCUGGUGUUAGGUGAAUUUCGAUUAAAUAGUUAUCAAAAAUGUCAGACUCAUACUAAAGGAUUUCUUUGGCAGUAUUAAGCCGAUUCCGUUUUUGUUUUUUUCAUUUCAAAUUAGCCGUUUCAAUCAUUAGAUGAAAGCAAGUUUUUCCAAACGUGAAGUUAUACCCCAAGGUCUGUUAAAUUUUUUUUCAUAACUCAUAACUUGGUUAAGCUUGUUAUUCGCAAAAAAAUUGAAGGCUCGUGUUAAUUGAGGAAUAAAGAUACUUCAAAGACGUCUCACUCUUUUUUUCCUUCUUCAAUAAUUUUGUUAGUCGGGUGAAGACAAUAAUAAAAUGUUAUCCCAAGCCAGAGGUGGAUGAAAUUCAACUUGCGUGGGGAAAAUCUUACUGAACUUGAAAGUUUUUUGAAAAUAAGAGAACUUUUUCUGAAAUCCUAGGGACACUUAUUUUAUUUAAUUGUUUGAAAAAGUUUCUUAGAAGCACUUGAAGUUUUUUUGAAUUCAAGAAAGUCUUUAGAAAGUUUCAUAAAACUCUUGACUUGACCCCUAAAUGUGAUUUUAGUUUCUCUUGCAUGUCAAGCCAACUAUGGUUACGAUAUAAUGGAAAAAGAUAAGCUCGAUGCUACGUGGAUCCUGUCAAGUCGCUAGAUAAAAUGUUUAUCAGUCUAAAAAAAAAGUUUGGAGAAUUCGAGAUAAUAGAGGGACCCUAAAAAGACGCAAGUUUGACGUCACUCAGACCAAGACUACGGUUAUCUGAAUGAGACAAAAAAGUCAUGAUAUCGAAUCAAGUGAGUCUGGCUGACUACCGUAUGCCAAAACAAAGAGUAAACAGCUUGAUUGAGCGAGGCGUUUAAUGGACCGGCACAUAUCUAACUAGAAGCGGUCGGAUCGACUGCGAACAGUGUGAGGAGGCCUUUGUUCAGCUCCAAAACACGCGCAGCACAACGACAAAACGGCAGCCCAAACUGAUCGGCUGGCGUAUCAAUCUUGGAUGCGGCCGUGCCGGCGCCAGCGAGUUGACAGUUUUCCCUCCGCUACGCCUUUUCCUGCCUCUACUGCAUCCUCGGCGGUCGAAAACCGGCCAUUUUCGGCAUAAUUGCUCAAUGCGCACAAUGGGAUUACUGUACUGUGUGGAAAAUCGACAGUGCAUUACGUAGCACGCCAUACCGGUACAUGAUGUACAAGAAAAGUCGUUGGAAAGAUCAAAAAAAAACGCCGAUCGUCUUUUUUUCCCAAUUUCAAGAGCUCUGAAAUGGUGGUACUCCUAAGUUGAAGAGUUACUAUAAACCGCGCAGAAAAGAGAGAGGGGGACGAUUUUUCUUAAGAGGUGCAGAAAAAAGAGCGAGAGUUCAAGGAGUGGCCGCCAUUCCAGCUACCAAGGAUCCUUCACCUCUUUCUGGAGCAGGUGGCAGGUCAACACGCUUACAAUUUCUCUACCACCAUUCUAGAAUUCCGGUUAUAAUCUGAUCAGAUGUGCUUUCUGAGAUCUUUGAUAUACCAAAUACGUAGGCUGUUUCUACCGAGUUUAAAAGUGUCGGUGUCUUUUUUCUUUGGUUCAAAUUAGGAGAGAAUUUAUAACUUUUCAACUUUUUUUUGUAUUCUAAAAACAAAGUCCUCUUUUUCAAACAGAAUAUUCAUCUUUUAGAGAAAAAAGAAGGUGCGUAGUGUGAAGAAGAAAGGAAUUAGGUAAAGUGAGAAGCGCGUGGGGAGAAGCUAACCAGUUUGUUUUCAAGCUACAGCAAAAUAAAGAAAAGUGAAAAGUGCACCGAAAAAACUUUAGAACGUCUGAAAUGUAUGCGUUAAGUUCAUAUUAACCAACAAUUUUUUAUAAUUCCAAAUGUUAGCAUGCAGCUCUCCGAGCAGGUGGCUGUCAGAGAGUUCUCAUCCAUCAUAUUUUACUACUCACCCUUCAUUGUCAUAUUCGCAUAGCUUAAUUGAGCUCCCAAUUACUCAAAUAGUUAUUUUCGAAACAUUUUCGGAAAUCAAAAUGAUUGAAAAAUCUGUUAAUCACUUUUGGAAAUUCUUGCUCACAAGCAAAGACCAUUACAAAGCUCGAAAAAUGGUUUCAGCUUUUGUUUCGGUGACUUCAAGAUGAAGACUAACAAGGACUACUAUACUAAACUAUCUAGUUCAAAAAUUUGUGCAAAAGGUCAUGCUCUUGGAAAAAGCAAGACUCACGGCACCGGCACUUGGGCGGUAGACGACUGGAGUCCCAACUUCGAACUGGAAGUGCCAGAUCCAGAAGGUUGUCCAGAAGCUGAAGCUCGUCGGCAGGCGAUGACCGUAAAUGGAAAGAGAGUCGGCAGCGGAGCCUCCCUUUCUGAGGCCACGCCCCCCGGAGGCGGAGUCUACAUUGCCCAAGAACAACACACCUCUUUGACUUUUUGA